AUGGGUGCAGACAAGAAGAAAUCAAAUACUACGACAUCAACAAUCUCACAACCAACGAGUAAUGAUAGACAUGUAGACUAUAAGACAUGGCAUGGUGACUUUAACAUUCAGGUCAUGUCACAUCCAACCAAUGGACGUUACAUUGUGGCCACUAGUGACAUGGAGGAGAACGACGUUAUCUUGAGAGACCUUCCAUACACUUGGGCCGUCGACCACUCAUUCAAGAACUUUGUAUGUCAACAAUGCUUCUUGGAGGUACCAGUCGAGACACAAAGAGACAAUGCCGCCGGUGCCAACUCCAAGCCAAAGAAAAAGAGUAAAAAGGAUAAAAAGAAAAAGACCUCCAAGAAGGAAAAAAAGACAGAUGAACAAGGAGAGGCAGAGGAACAACAACAAGAGGAUGCCGCUGCUGUAGAUGCAACAGUAAAGGAAGAAGAAGAGGAAGAAGAAGAAGAUGGUGCUAGUGUACCAAUCAUUGCUGCCGAAGGAGAGGAAUUCCAUAUGUGCGAAGACUGUAGUUUUGUUGGAUACUGUUGCAAAGAAUGUAUGGAAAAGGAUAGUCAUCAACACAAGUUUGAAUGUCUUGUAUUUCAAAACCUCGAUCAAAGCGAAUACUCUUCUUCACUCUUGUCAGAGAUCAAGUUGUUGAUUAGAACCUUGUCAAGAAAAUGGUUGGAACAAUCCCUCCAAGAAGAAGGUACCCAAUACAGAAAAUAUAAACAAUAUGAAGAUAGCAAUGUUCCACAAGAAAAUGGUCUAAGAUAUAGUGAUUAUGAUCAAUUGGUUUCAAAUAUUGAAGCAUUUAGUUCAACAUUAAAGGAUAGUUUAUCAUAUUGGAUUUGUGAUCCAGUGAUUAGAUUGGGAUCGAAAUAUGUUCAAAAGAAAGAGGAUGGAGUGGAUCUAUUGAAUGUGUUGUUGCGUAAUCGUUGCAAUGCAUUUUAUAUUCAAGGACGUCCCAAGAAUGGAGGUAAUGGCGAGUCGAGAGGAUGUGGUGUCUAUGUCCGAAACUCGUUCUUUAAUCACUCUUGCAAUCCAAAUGUAAAUUAUUGGGUCGUUGAAAAUACACUCGAAGUUGAAUGCUCGUUGAUGAGAGCUGUUAGAAAGGGUGAAGAACUGUGUAUAUCUUAUAUCGACACGGCUGCCUCUCUUCGUGACCGUCGCGAGAAACUAUCCGAAGGUUAUUUGUUCCAUUGUCGUUGUGAAAAAUGUAUUACCGAUGAAUUGGCUGAAUCUCAAUCAGAUUGUGAACCAUCAGCAUCAGCACCACCACCAACUACAACAGUCAGACUUGAAAAAGAUUCUGAUCAUGAUGAAUAA